GGAAUCGAGAGCUUUCGUAGAGCGCGCCACCAGCGCAGCUACGAAACAGAGCACGGCCUACGACAUACGAACGGGCGGCUGCUGUUGUCUCUUUGUUUAUCUCGUAGCUACGAAACCAGUGUCCCGUGUCUAUUCGUCGUCGGUCCUGAUGCUUGGUGUGGUGCCCGAUACAAAAUUCGCUUGCAUCUGGAUGGCCGCUGUGUCUGAGGGCUAAGUUAAUUAAUCGUCGCAUUUUUCGACCGCCUCGCCAUGGGGAUACUCUUCGCCAAACUAUGGAGCCUCUUCUCCAACGAAGAACACAAGGUGGUCAUUGUUGGGCUGAAUAAUGCUGGCAAGACAACAAUACUCUAUCAAUUCUUGAUGAAUGAGGUGGUGCACACGUCACCGACCAUUGGCAGCAAUGUGGAAGAGGUGGUCUGGAAGAACGUCCACUUCAUCAUGUGGGACCUGGGAGGGCAGGAGUCCCUCCGGACCACGUGGAAUACCUACUACUCCAACGCAGAGUUUCUCAUAGUUGUUGUGGACAGCAUGGACCGGGAGAGGCUACCCCUGACGAAGGAAGAGCUCUGGAAGAUGUUGUCGCACGAGGACCUGACAAAGGCAGCGGUGCUCAUCUUUGCCAACAAGCAGGACAUCAAAGGCUGCAUGUCGCCCACCGAGAUCUCCGAGCAGCUGAACUUGACAUCCAUCAAGAAGAACCGAUGGCAGAUACAGGCCUGCUGUGCGCUCACGGGGGAAGGGUUGUACCAAGGACUGGAAUGGGUCUACUCUCAGCUCAGGCACAAGAAGUGAUAGCGGCUGUCUUCCUAGAGAAACGGACCAUACUGCGAUACAGUGCCACCCCCGCGAACCGGGUCAUCACCGGCACCACCCCGGCUUUGUUGGCGUCCGCCAUCGGCCUCCCAGGAAUGGUGCGAGGUGUGCGCGGCACAGAUUCACCGCGGUGACGACAACGAAGGUCUCGGUACGACGCAACGAGCUUUGCUCCACCGCUGUGGUCGCGCUCUCCGAAGUGUCGCAGUGCUUACGAUGUACAUAUUACGGACGUCUGCGGAGAGGCACCCGGACUGCUUGCUUCUCUUUGACUCGUGUACAUAAGGACGUUGUGGACUAUUUUUUAUUACUGCAUAAACUAGCACUAUCUGCGACCUGGCGCGCGCCGUUCUUUGUGCGGCCGCCGGGGUAGGCGGGGUCGUCGGCUCGGCGGUGCCGCGUCGCCUUUUCCCCCGACGCGCCUUUGCUCUGAUCUUGCGUCAUCGUGCUCGAAUCUUUUGACCGUUUCGAUUCGGCGAUUUUAGCCGCGGGCAGCGUUUUGUUUUAGCUUUCAAACUGCGGUGCGUCACGCAAUCGACCUGCCAGUGCCGCCGCAGGUCGUCUAGUUUGCAGAGAAAGAAGAGUCUCGCUUCUUUGUGCUUUUGUAAUUCGAACAACUUCGGUUGUCGUGCGCCUUAUCUUUUUAAAUCUCAGUUCGCAGUCGCCUCAUUCCACGGCCUUUUUCCUUCUCCGAACGAGCCUCUAAGGUACCUAGGAUUUGACGAACAUCCAUUAAUUAUUACAAUAAAAGAAGGUGGACUACUCAAAAUAUUGUUUUCACUUUUUUGUGUGGUUUGUGUUGCUUCACCGACCCAUGUUGAGGCUUGCUACAUUUCGUUGAGUAGGAACGGAAUACUCGUGCCUGCUCCUGUCGGGUGGACUUUGCGCCCGAAUGUGAUAAGAAUUUGCAGAAGGUGUAAACGAUGCAAGAAAUAAUUGCAUUUUAUUUAGAUUGAGUUUCAUGUUACAUACAAACGUUGGAUGUAUUUCAAAU